AAAUCCCAGUUCUUUUAGCCGACCUCUGUGACUCUCUCUCUCUCUCUCUCUGUGCAAUGGCGAAAGGUGACGAUGCAUUGAGGAGGAAGAGAAACAAAGCCAACAGGAAGAAGGAGAGGGACUCUUCGGCUAAGGUCUCUUCUCGGGUCGCUGCCAUCAUCGCCUCCAAGAAGCGCCGCAAGUCAGGCAAACGCCGCAUGUGUGAGGGGAUGUGCUUUACCCUUCCUACUCCUGAGGAUCCUUUCAACAACAGGCAUGAUAAAAAGAAUUUUAAAAGAAAGGGACGCAAGAACAAAAUUCCUUCCCAAGAGGAUGAGGAGGAUUUUGUUAAAGGGAAGGGUGUUGCACUGGGGAACGAAAAGCAACCUAGCAAUCUAGAAAAUGAGAAUGUGAAGGUUGUGGAUUUCAUGGAUGAUGAAGAAGGUUUAGUGAUUUCUGUUAAUGAUAUGGGACAGAAAUGUCUUGUUGACCCGGAAGAAAAGGUUCAAGUGAUUGAGAAGGAAGGUAACCACGGUCAAGAUAGGUGGGCCUUUGAAAACUCAACUCCAUCAAAGUUUCUUUUUAUGUGCUUGAAUUCAAUAGAAAAUGCAUUGCGGCAUGAUGGUACCUACAUUAGUGAAGAGGAAAAGCCUCUAUUUGUUAAUGAUUGGGGAGUUGAGUUCUGGAAAUGUUAUUCAGCUGGGAAGGAUAUUUUGGAGACAAGUGGAGCUUGUUCUUCCAUAGAGCAAAUUGCUUGGAUUGUUUCCAUUGCUGCUGACACGAUUGCAAGAAAGGAGAAAGAAGGUCAAUCUUUUGCCAGUCCCUUUCUCUUAUUCCUUGUACCAUCCCAGGAGAAAGCUGCUAAGGUUCGCUCAAUCUGCAAGCCUUUGAAGGCUCUUGGAAUACAUACUGUGAGUAUACAUCCAGGUGCAUCCUUGGAUCACCAGAUUCAAGGUUUAAAGAGCUGUGAGCCUGAGUUCCUUGUGUCUACACCUGAGAGGCUACUGGAGCUUGUUACAUCUAAAGCCAUUGAUAUAUCUGGUGUCUCCUUGUUGGUUGUUGAUGGGCUCAAACCUCUUUCAAAUGGAGGUUUUUCUGAUAUGAUAAAAUCAAUUAGGAAAUCUAUAGUGGGAAAUCCCCUUACUGUGGUUUUUGAUGAUUGUUUUAGCCAUACCUCUGUUCCAUUGGUUCAAAAUCUUCUGUUGGGAUCAGCUUUCAGAUUAUCUCUUAAUGAUGCCAUUACCAGUCUAAGUUCAUGCAUUAUCCAGUCUGUGAAUGUAUGCGCCUCGGAAGAAGAAAAACUAUCAAAGUGCAUCCGAAUUCUGGACGAAGCUUAUUGCAAUAAACUCUACUCUCAGCCUUUGAAGGUGCUAUAUAUAUGUGAUAAAGAUAGCAAGCUCCAUGAGUUAGUCACUGCUCUCAAAGUCAAGGAUUAUUCCAUAUCAACUGGUCCAUCAUGUACCAUAUCAAAUUUUGAAAACAGCAAAAAGAAACCUCCAGUCUCUAUGAUCAAUGUUGAUCAGAUAAGUACUGCUAAUUUAGAGGAGUAUGAGAUUGUAAUAAUACCAAGUUUUGAACUACCAAUAGAGAGUUAUGUGCAUGUUCUCACGAAGAUGGCCCGCCACACCGUCAAUGGCGCGUUGCACAGCUUUGUAACUAAAGAAAACUCUGCGCUUGCUGGACCAUUGAUUGAAAUCCUUGAACAAUGUGGGCAGGCAGUGCCUGAAGCUUUAAGAUACUUGUAGCUUACAUCAUCCAUGUGGCAACAAUGAAAGUUGGAUAUGCUUUUAUCACUGAGUCAUUCUUUCAAGGUCCCACGUUAUCUUUACCACAAGCAUAAAAUUGCUUUGUUUGUUCAUUUAGUGUCUGCCUGACUACUUUUGCAGCAGUUGAUGAGAGUAUUAGAAUGUCAUGUUCUUAUAUGAUUUUGAACUAAGGCAGAGGUCAAUUUUGAGUCUUGAUAGAUGGUAUAGGAAAUUAGCAAUCUCUCAAAUCUCAAUUAUCAGUGUAUUGAAGAGCCUUGGUUUUGUUGAUUACCAAAGGAUAAUGUCACAAAGUUUUGGUCUUUGAGGAUAAUCAUGAAGCAAUGUAUAUUCUCUUA